ACCCCCGUGCAGCCAGCACGCGGCAGCCUCGCAGCGAGUCGCGACCAGGCGACUACGGUGACCCCAAGUGACCCGUAGGGAACCAAAGUGAUCCCAAGUGGCCCGUAGGGACCUACAGUGACCCCAAGUGACCCGUAGAAGCCUAAAGUGACCCCAAGCCACGACCUUAAGUUGUGUGACCUACAGUGGUAGGUGGUGACCCAAAGUGGGUAUGUGUGAAGUGGUGACCCAAGUGGUAACCCGAAGGGACCUAAAGUGAUCCACAGUAGUGACCCGAAGUGCCCGCACCGCGCACCCGUUCCAGUGACGUGCGCACGUCGUUCUCUCCACGCCUCGUCGCCCCCCGCGGGGCCGCCCUGGGGCCCCCGACAGGCGCCAUGGCCUCCGUCGGCACCAUCUUGAAGAGCGCCAGGAGCUGGGCGGACGACGACGAGUGACGAACCAGUGCAGAGAGCCAAGACGCGAAUGCGCGAAACGAGGGGAAAAUCAGAACCCUCGCCAGUGGGAGUGAGAAGGAGGGCAGUGAUGAGUGCGACACUUUGAGCAGUUGUUUUUGUUGUUUCGCCGGCGAAGAAGAAAACGUGCCUGCAGCGUCGGUGGAGCAUUCGGAACAAAUCCCGGUGACGCCGUGACGCCCCCGCCAUGGACAAGAAGCUGACGGUGGAGGACCUCGAGAUGACGUCCCCGCGACGCGAGAACGGCGGCCCGGCCAGCGGCCUGUCGCUGUGCCGCUCCUUCAGCCUGCGCGCGCCGGACCCAAGCAGCCAGCUGGCGUCGGCCUACCGCAACCAGGACCUGGAGACCUUCAGCGAGCUGCUCUCGGGCUCGCCGCCCGAGGUGGACCCGGACCACUGGUUCGACGACCCCAACUUCGCCACCAUGCUGGACCUGGCGGCGCGCGACGACGGGCGCGCCGAGUACGUGCGCGUGCUGCUGGAGGCGGGCGCCGACCCCAACCGCGUCAACCGCGUGCGCAAGAAGGCGCCGCUGCACCUGGCCGCCGAGGCCGGCAACGCCGCGUCGCUGGAGCAGCUGCUGCAGGCCAAGGGCCUGGACGUCAACAAGCAGGACAGCGCCGGCUGCACCGCGCUGCACCUCGCCGCCAAGGAGGACGCCGCCCACGACGCGCAGAGCGGCAGGGGCGAGCUGCAGCACCGCUACCGCAGGUGGGUGCACUGGGAAACCGAGAGCGGAGAACGCCACACUGGAAACGCGGAGGCAUGGGACUUCCAGCGAAGGGGGCGCUCAAAAGUCAUUGUCCAAGGUCCGAAAAAGUCAAUUUUUCAGUCAAAAAAGUCAUCCAAAGUCAAAGUCACUCCACUCAAAAAGUCAAAAAAAAGUCAAUCAAUUCUUCUAGCUUUUGGGGAGAUAUUGCCUAAAUUCAAGGGGUUAACGCCACGAUACGCCUUGAAAAAGUCGAAAAAGUCACCAAAAAGUCUUUAAAGUCCGUACAAAAGUCAGAAAGUCAGAGACAAGUCAAAAAGUUAAGGACAAGUCGAAAAAGUCACCAUUGAAAUUAGUCACAGUCAGCCAAUCUAGUCUCAAGUCAUUGUCCACCUUCCCAUCCAGUGGCGCCCCCCUCGACUUUCGGUCUCUGCACUUGGAAGCGCACACUUGGUUUGACAGUGUCCACGCACAAAGCUCCUUGCUCGACGGGGAGGUGCCAAGACACUCGUCUAACUUUGC